GCGAUGGAACUGAAGCUCCAGCGCCUCUGGUCGGAAGUGCUGGGCGUGGGGCUCGAGGCUAUCAGCCCGGAGGAUAAUUUCUUCCGGUUAGGCGGCGACUCGGUGGCCGCCAUGAAGCUGGCCGCCGCGCUCCGUCGCCAAAAGCUGAAACUUUCAGUCAAACAAAUCUUCAGUUUCCAGACUAUUGCCCUGCAGGCUGCGUCCACUAAAUGCCUUUCAAUGCUGGACGAACCGCUGCGGUCUCAGCAUGGUCCUAUGGCACCAUUUUCACUCUCUACUGCUCUUAGCUCAGCGGAGUUGUCGUCUAUGAUCUCCCGAUUUCCUGUGGAUGAAGUCCUUGAUGUUCUUCCCACCACUCAUUUUCAGCACAUGAUAAUCAGCCGCGGCGUAAAGUCUUCUCAUGCUGCGCUAAAUUACCCAGUGCUAAACUUAGGUCGUUCUGUUGAAGUAGAACGCUUGCAAGAUGCUUGCCGCUCCGUCGUGGCACACUUGGAGGUCCUUCGCACAGUUUUUGUCGAACAUGGAAAUCGAACGUGGCAAAUUGUUUUGCGUCAUCUGGAUCCUCCUUUUUACACCAUCGACCAAGCCAGUUCCCGAGACGACUUGUCACGUUCAAUCAUUACACAAGCCAGCACGUGUGUCGGUGGAAGUUAUCCUAUGCUGUCCUUCACUUUGGUCUACCAACAGUCAUCAGAGCUCCAACUUGUCGUUGGUCUCUCCCAUGCCCAAUAUGAUGGGUUUUGUAUGCCUCAAUUCUUAAAGUCUUUGUCGCAUGCUUAUUAUGGGGUGCAGCUCCCGCGCACCGUCCCUUUCUCAACCUACAUGUACUCGCGAGCUGCACGUCAUGCAGAAUCAGUCUCGUUCUGGAAAAAGUACCUUGAAGGUUCGAGAUUGAUCAAUCUUUCAUCUCAUUUGAGUACAACCAGCCAAUCCGGUGUACCUUCACGAGUGAUUGAAACAUCCGGCAUGCUUGAGCAUAUCGAACUACCCACCCUACCCAACGGUAUCACCGUUUCAUCUUUCCUUCAAGCUGCAUGGGCUCUGACUCUACUCCACGCCACAAAUGUCCAAGACAUGGUCUACGCUAUAGUAGUUACUGGGCGCAAUUCUACGAUUCAUGAGAUUGACGAUGUUGUAGGGCCCUGCGUCAACAUCAUUCCAGUUCGACUGAUAUUCUCUCCAAAUUGGACCGCCCUUGACCUCGUCAAAGCUGUACAGAGUCAAGUUCUCACUAUUGGUGAACAAGAUUCACUUGGUUUCAAUGAGAUAGUUCAACAAUGUACGGACUGGCCCUCCAUUUCUACAUUUGAUGCCUUUUUUCAAUCCCAGAACGUGGACGAACAUCCAGAACACAACAUCAGCGGCUCUCAAACCCAGCUGCAGUGGAUGGAGAAUCCAUACGUCGAGCAGGAUGAGUUCAGCAUCACGACGUAUACUCAGGGCCAGCAAUUGAGAUUCGAUAUCGUUUCUGGCACACACGUUAGUUCCAAAGAUGCAGCUCUCUUGAGAUGGUGGUUCCACAAUGCUGUUUCUGUACUGGGAAUGCAUCUGCAGACCAACGCGCCCAUUUGUCGGCAGAACAUAGCUGCAUGAUAGGAUAUAAGUGGCUUUGUUCUUUUAUUUGAAAUUCGAUAAUCGUGAAGCAGAAACUACGCACUGUAGCCUAGAAGCAUUCACUUAUAUUGAUCUUUGUACAUUAGCGUUAUCAGGAAUCAUAAUAUUUUAGACGAAUC